AACCCUACCUACCCCAGGACUCUCCGCCGUCCCGCAGCACUUGGAAAGGGCACGGAUGCGCUCCGCCCGGAUGCUGAGCGGAGCCGCGGCCAGGAGCGCACCCUUGGCCGAGGAGGAGGAGGUGCAGCAGCCAGCGCGCUACAAGCACCCAUUGCCACCCUCCUUCCCCCAACGCCAGGCAGAUGGAAGUGGAAAAGACGCCGAGGACGCCCCAGCUGUUAGAAACAGAGAUCCGGAGCCCCGCCCCCUGGCCAGUUAA